CUGAACGCCUCUAAGGUCGAAGCCAGCCCAGUCGACUCCGGCAAGGAUACGCUUACUGUGGAGCUCCGAGAGUCGGGAGGCUCACACGUCAAACUGGGAGACGAGUUCUUUACUUGGACCAAGAGGGGACGCACCGCGGACGACGUGGCGUUAGUACACACACUCACACACACAGACUUAGACGAUACACCUCAUAACCUUCAGAACAUCUAUCUAUCUAUCUAG